AUGAAUCGAACAGCAGUGCAUCGGAGAACCAGCAGCGGCUCCACGGUCCGAGCCAACGCGGGCUCACAGACAGGUUUGCCUCCUGGCGUCGAGACUACACCAAAUACUGUGUCAGUCCGCGCAUCGCUCUGGAUACAUGAUGACGCAUUCUCAUCUGAGGAUGUCCUGAUCAAUGAAUCCAUUCUGGCAGGCUCAGACAUUCAGGAAGGUGGUCUGAUCAAGAUCUUCCCAAUUGCUGAGACUUCAGACGUCCGGGACUUUCAAUCGCCCAAUACUGAACACGCCGAAUCCAGGCGGAACACUGGCUCUUUGAUUGAGGCCGGCGAUAUAUCCAGCAGAGAUGACUACUACCUCUGUAUAGCCAAGUUUGCGUCCGCCGAGUUCAAGGCAAAGCAGGCCAACCUGCAAGUCUCGAUCAAGAGUAAUAUCGCGACAGCUUUUGGAUUUAGAUCGCGCUCGCAUGUCCGCAUAUUUCCUGCUUCUUUCGAGGAAUCUACAGCAUCACAUGUGGAAUUCAGCUUCAGAGAUACCUACCUCGCACGGUCGGACAUGUGGCGGCUCGUUGGGCAAGAGUUGGCCGAGACGACAGUUUAUGUUGGGCAGAAGAUCACAUACCUGGGGAGUAUAAAGCUCACAGUCAAGGCUAUCCAUGUUCGAAACCACAAAGCACCUACCGCUUUCUUCGCCGGGACAACCAUUCCAGUCUUCCGCAGCGAAGCAGCACGGUACGUGCUUUUCAUACAGAUGUCCAGCGAAAUGUGGGAUUUCGAUUCCGAGGGUAAUGGCGAGAUCAUGUUCAAUCGGGUCAUUAAUGGUUUUCUUCCCGAACUUUUCAAGAGAUGGACCGAUCUAGAUGUUCGACACCUUGUCAGCAUCGUUCUUUUCGGGCGUCUGGAGUACGACCGCUUUGAACUCGCGCGGAACAAAGAUCGAAGACUGGAGACGGCCCCAAUGUCGGGGUCUCCCAACAUGACGGCUCGCCAAUACCAGGACUUCUACAGGGUCGUCGUCACAGAUAUGGCCAGCGCGCAGUGGACAACGAUCUUGGAUGAACUCAAGAAGGACUUUCGUGUCUUUCUGAGAGAUAUCUCCCUACACACUUCGAACACCAAGGAAAUAAUACCGGAAAACGCGAAGCAGCCGCCUACACGCAUUGCUGGCAGGCCAAGCGCUGCACAAAAGGGAAAUAUAUUGGAAGCAAUCAAUAUUGCCAGCAGCCAAUUUGCUCACGACUUUGAGGAUCGAGAUCUGAUUCGGACUGGUGUUUCGAUCGUGGUCGUCACCGCGGGGACCGGCGUUUUUGAAGUCAACCGAGAUUUGUUGAACCUAACAUCACAGACCUUGACGAACAAUGGUGUCGGCAUCGACAUCGUUUGUCUAUCCAGGAUGCCGUUGCACUCCGUGCCUCUAUUCAAAUACCGCACUUCUGGAGUGGAGGAAUCUACUCUGUCUUCGGUGAUAGAGGAAUUCGCUAUCCCCGAGCACAGGUACGGAUCUGGUCCAAGCUUCUUCGAUUCGAGCCAGCCUCGCAAGCUCUCCCCGGCACUGUCCUCUGCGGCGACAAAUAGCACGCAGUACUUUGCAAGCUUUGUUUCAGGCCGAAGUCACGAUAGUUCUCAAGGGUGGAGCUACGGCAUUCCGCAGUGGGUUGACUUGUCAUACUGGUCGGCCGAGGGCGAGCCUGCCGAGACCAGAUUUCUGGAGGAUGUUCAGAAGGAAGUGGACGGCACCUCAAAACGCAAGAAAGGACCUUUCUUACCUCGAGUGAGGAUGUACGAGAUCCAAAUGAUGGGGCUCAUGGAGUUAGGCAUGGCGGACAUGAUCAUCCCAUUCAUGACGGAAACUCAAACCCUGUUCGCAGGUUCGCAUAGACGCACAGGCUCGAAACGCAGCCGGGCAGCUGGAAGUCGGAGUCUGUCGCAUUCGCCGACGCUACCACGCAAAAGCCGUCUCGGUCCCGAACCGACGCGGAUAGCCCAGGGUUUGCUGUCAAUAAAUGCCAAAGCAUUGGGAGACAUCUUCGACCGUAUGGACGCAUAUGACUCACUGUUGUUCGAAGGACAUUCUAGCGCAGAGACGAAGUCUAAGGCCACGAGGACAGGAAGUAAUAGUUUGGUAAGGACUGAUACAGCCUCCUCGACCCAACCAAGCAAGCUUCACUCUGGAAACGAAGCACCGAAAUCAGGAUCGGGAUUGACGAAGGUGCUCACAAAUAAAUCUUUGAAUUCGCCUUUCCGGCCACAGCUCCCGUCCGUGGUCUCGGCGGAUGCUUCAAGUACCCCAUUAACAACCAAGAAAAGCCGCGAAACACCGAAGGUCAAUCGGAUACUUAACUACGCUUUGCGAGGGUUGGCUCCACCUGUUCGUGCUGUCGCCAGCACCGAAGUGAAUAUUACCAACGUAGAGGCGCACUCGCCCUUCGUUGACCUUGGCAACGCCCGACCGACAGUGUCAACGUCAGGCGCUAGUAUACGCUCGGUGUCCACGAAUAGUGUACUCGGGGACAAACGCAAAGAAAACUCCGCUCCGCUGGAAAGAUCAAAUUCUCGAUUGUCCGGUCGACCAGGAGACACACCGUCAAAACCAAUCUCGAUAAAUACCCCGCUGCGGAAGAUUCAAGACGAUAUUCUUUCCGGGUCUCAAAGAUCAAGUUCCACGACUCGUCGGCUUCAAAGCCAUAUAUCUACUCCAACGGAAGGACUGGGUUACAACAAAGAGGUGGGGAGCGAGUCGUCACAUUCUUCGGGUAGUGAUGGACCAGACGACUCGGAUGGCGUGGAGCUGGCCGAGAGCCAGUUGGGCAUCUCGGUCGCCAGCUCUGUCCCAAGGAGCACUCUCCCAUAUGUACGCAAUGUCAACGCAUCGAAUCCCCUGAAGCGACAUCCCGAGAGGGAGUCGUUCUUUGGCAGGUGGCAGCAUCUCUAUCCUCGGAAACCACGUGCCGCCACCGUGAAAUGGAAAUCUCUGUGCACUCCUGCCUCGGUGCCUCUAACGACAGAGGACUUCCCAACGAAAGAUGAGCUCGAAAUGGACUAUGAAUCUGAACAUUACCAUGUCAUAUUGGCCAAUCCCAACGAGAUGCUUGAGGAGCCCGAGUCCCGCGACAUACUACUCUGGGAGAUGUUGGCUCUGAGGUUCGCUCAUGGCUACCAACUCGUAGUUGGUCCGUCGUUGCUCGAAGCUGUCGGCCCGGGUACGUGCGACACGUCUUCGUUCUUCACGCCGAACCUUGUGCGCCCUGACGGGUCCUUCAUUGUCAUGUCAAUGGGCAACACGAUACAAAAGUUGUCGCUUGAAGUGAAAAAUCGCAUUCAGGUAACCAAGUAUAUUAGGAGACCUCCGAGUGUCCAGCCUCCUUAUCCUCAGGAGAUCCAAUAUUAUCCCAACAUCAGGACUAUUCUGUCAGAAGCAUACAAGAUAAGAGACAUGCAGUUCAACGGCUUUUCCGAGCAGUAUCCAUGGGAAGCGGCCGACAGAUACUUAGCUGACUUCAAGAAGCAAAACGAUGUAGAUGUCAAAGCUCUCCGCUUUUGGCGGGCAAGAUUUGUUCUCAUCCCAGUGGAACCACCCACCAACUCGUGGAGGCCGACACUGCCCGAACCUGAAGAAAGCGAUGAAGAGAUCCACCUACGCGGUAUUCGGGCAUUAACGCAGAUGUGGCAAAAGGCGCGAUAUGUGCCGCCGGACGAGAGAAGACCAGCUCACACUCGGCCAAGCACCUUGAAAGGGAAGGACAGAAAUCCGUUGAGGAUCAAUCUCGAAACGCUCAAUCCGUCCGAGCUUGUGGCAACGGAGCUCGAUAAGCUUAUUGCGGCUGAGGAGGCCGGCGAAGUACAAACUACACAGCUCCUGCCAGAAGCUGAGCAGUUCGAUAGGGACUCCUUCAGCCUCCCUAAGCUUGCACAAGCCUUGCAAGGCGAAAACGGGAUCGAGAUCAAGACUCGACGCUGGCACUUGCGUCUGUACUACAGUUGCUUCAUGGGCGAAGAUCUGACAAAUUGGCUGGUGCAUAAUUUCAGGGAUAUUGACACUCGGGAGGAAGCUGUUGAGCUGGGCAACGACCUCAUGAAGGAGAACCUUUUCGAGCACGUCAAUAGCAAGCACAAUUUCAAGGACGGGAACUAUUUCUACUCCAUCAAGCCCGAGUUUCGCACCCAGCGAACGGAAGCGAGGCAAUCAUGGUUUCCCGCGAGCCGACGUUCAGAUCGAUCGAUUCCGCCCACCCCUGCGACCGAGCACCCAACCCGAGAGUUGAUCAGUGGAAGAUCACGUUCGGGCUCCAAUCUCGCCAACCACGGGCAGGUCGCCUCCGAACUGGCCAAGUCGCUAGGCGACAGGAAACGACGGACUGUGACUUUGAGCAAGAUGAUACGGAUCGAUGUCGAUACGAGAAAACGGUCCAACAGACCUGAAAUCAUCAACCUGCAUUACGACAGACUUCACAACCCGGAGAAUUGCUACCAUCUCGAAUUAGCUUGGUUCAACGUCACCUCGAAGUUGGUCGACGAUGCCAUCGUCACUUGGACGACCCAAGCGGAGAAGUACGGGUUGAAGCUUGUCGAAGUUCCCAUUGCAGAAGCGUUCAAGGUGCCCGAGCACGAACCGUUCCGUGCCGCCUAUCAAAUCAAGCUUGCUCUCGAACCUCCCCGGCGCAGCUCAGUCAGUAACCUGUACUUUACGGCAGUAUCUUUCGGGCCGCAAGCACCACUCACUCCUGAUAUUCACUUCUACCAAAAGGCACUGUUGAAGCGGUUCAACUUCGUCCUCGAUCUCGAAGCGCCCUCAGAGUUCCCGGAAAAUGUCGAGAUCAAGUAUUCCUGGGGAGAUCUCGACUAUCGCUACACGCAAUUCGUCCACCGUUCCGGAGUCGUCCUCGCGCAGAUCACAGACGAGGGGGACAUUCUUCUUCUCGCAAAUAGGCUCUACAACUCCCGUCAAGCGUCGGCAAAAGACACGUCGUCGAGAUUCGACGCCAGCAAGAAAGACCUCACACCAAAUGCCUCCAGCUCCAUGCUCCUGCGCCCUCAGACGUUAUCCUCGACCUAUUCUGCCCCGAGCAUGCAAGCCUCAGGGAUCAUCGGAUUGAACGUACAAUCUCCGCGCACCGGGCCCUAUGCAUCACCACUUGUUCGACCCGUAACCUCGAUUUCCAUCUCUCCUCCGCAGGGGGGAAAGGAGACGACACUAUCAAACGGCGCCCCAUCCACAUCCACAUCCGGCGCGUUUGCCGCUCCGCCCACGACGCCGCCGAAGGUCACGGCCGACGUCCUCGGCACCCGGCGGGCUCUCAUCGCCUCCGGGUUCACCCACUACGUCACGCCCGAACAGAUCAAGGACGACCUGGAGGCGUUUUGCAGCGACAAGGAGCGCCUGGAUCUCUUCUACCGAGAAGCCACCGCGACGUUGCCGGCACAGCAUGCCGCGCUGAGGGAGCGCGAGCGCGAGCGCGAAAGAGACCAUGAGAGGUAUGUCGGCGUCGGAAGAGACAGAGGAUACAGGACCGCCGGGACGGGCUCGAGCUUGCUCCGGCCGAUCAGGGAGCCCGACGCGGAGACGGGCAUUCCGGAAUUCAGGCUGCCGGACCCGUUGAACAUCGGCCUGAGGAAGAAUGACGUGUCGAUGUCUCUGUCGGUAUCUGUAUCUGGAUCAGGACCCGGCUCGGGAUCCGGGUUCGCUCCUGGUUCUGCACCGGGAGGCACGAGCGGGACGACGAACUCCUAA